CUCUUGGAACCUUUGGGUUCUCGGGGAGAAAUCUCUCUCUGCAUUGGAAUUGCCGGAAAAUUCAUUCUGUGAGUAGUAUUAUGUUGUGGAUAAGCAUUCGGUAGUAUUGGUCUCUAAUCUUUUUGUUUGGGUUUCAAAGUAUAAUUGUAUUUUUAUAUUUUCAUGGUCUUCACAAAUAGGUGAAGUUUCAGAACCUUUUCUCUACAAUACAUCUGGGUUUGUGAAUUGGGCGCUUUUUUUUGCCUCUUGGUAUUGCGAUCGGUGAUUAGUUGAACAGUUUUCAUAAGUAAUUAAUUUGCUCCGACACCAUGAGUUGUUUCCCGUGUUUUGGGUCAAAUGAGAAGAGAGCGGCAAAAAGAAAAACGAGCCCACAAUGCUCGCCGCAAUUUGACGAUAAAGAAGUAAGGCAUCAUGCAACAUCGGUACCGCUACCACAGGCUCCAGAGGAAAAUAUUAGAACACCAAAGACCCAAGACGAAACAAAGCAACAAAGCGAAGCCACCAGCAAAGAGGGAAAUGGAAAUAUUGCUGCACAAACAUUUACGUUUCGUGAGUUAGCCACAGCAACUAAGAACUUCAGACAGGAAUGUCUACUGGGAGAAGGUGGAUUUGGAAGAGUCUACAAGGGGCGUCUUGAAAAUGGUGGCCAGCUUGCGGCUAUUAAGCAACUCGACCGGAAUGGAUUGCAAGGAAAUAAAGAGUUUCUCGUUGAAGUGUUGAUGUUGAGUCUCCUUCACCAUCCAAAUCUGGUAAAUCUUAUAGGCUAUUGUGCUGAUGGAGAUCAGAGGCUUUUGGUUUAUGAGUAUAUGCCACGCGGAUCCUUAGAAGAUCAUCUAUUAGAUAUCGGAUCAGAUCAAAAGCCACUAGGGUGGUUUACAAGAAUGAAAAUAGCUACAGGUGCAGCUAAAGGUCUGGAGUAUUUGCACGAUAAGGCAAAUCCCCCAGUUAUCUACCGUGAUCUGAAAUCAUCCAACAUCUUGCUGGAUGAAGAGUUCAAUCCAAAACUCUCCGAUUUUGGGCUUGCGAAGCUUGGUCCUGUUGGGGAGAAGCAACAUGUUUCUUCUAGAGUGAUGGGUACGUAUGGAUAUUGUGCUCCAGAGUAUGUAAGAACAGGCCAGUUGACUGUGAAGUCGGAUGUAUACAGUUUCGGAGUUGUUUUACUCGAACUAAUCACUGGGCGAAGAGCAAUUGACACCACCAAACCAACCCAAGAGCAAAAUUUGGUUUCUUGGGCGCACCCCAUGUUUAAGGAGCCAAAGAGGUAUCCAGAAUUAGCAGAUCCCCUACUUGAAGGUGAUUUCCCAGUAAGAGGUUUAAAUCAAGCGGUUGCUGUUGCAGCCAUGUGCCUUCAAGAGGAAGCUCAAGUUCGUCCGUUGAUUAGUGAUGUUGUUACUGCACUCAGUUUCCUGUCAGUGGGUCCAAUUGAAGAAGGAUCUUCCACACCUGAUCCUCUUCCGCAUCCAGAAGAAGAAGAAGAUGAUGAUAAAGAAAGGAAGGACGAAGAAAGUUCAGAGGAACGUCAACGAGCCGUUGCUGAAGCCAUAGAAUGGGGUGCUAAUACAAGAGAAGAAAGCAAAAGAUCUCAUGGCUAAUGUCGCAGUUAUUUUCUUUGUUUGUAAAAUCUUUACAUCCUUUUGUUCGAUGAUUGCAACAACUACUUUUGAGCUCGGUUUUCUUUCUUUUCUUGGUAAAUGGAUACCUUAUACAUAUGACACCAUUUCCUCUGUAAGAGUGAUAUUUUGGUCGGAUUAGGGUAUUGUCUCUCUCUCUCUGUCUUUCUAGUAUUUAUUGGGGGGGAAGGACUUGAAAUGAGAUUUGACUUCUCUACCCAUCUUUCUUCUAUGUUUUGAAUUGCAGUUUCCUAUAUCCUAUAAAAAUUUAUGUUCUAGUAA